GUUUGGCUUUUCAGCAGCCAGAGUCGGUAGAUCUGUGACAGCGAGUGGCUCCCGGACCGCCUUCACCCGAACCGGGCCGUCCACACCGCUCCCCUUGAGGACGAGAUGAGCGCUGUGUGGACAUUUGGACACUUUGAAGCUGGUGGCAGCCUGUAGUGCAGAUCUGGAUCCAGUAAGGACAAGUUUGUCUUUCUCAUAUGCGGAGUCCAGUACGCAGCUUAUUUUGACUCGGGAGGUUUUUGGACUAUUUUGUUUUCCACACAGCUGCCCUGAAAGGGACUGGACGGAAGUAUUUUAAGAAGCUUUUGGAUUUUGGUCCCACUUUUUUUUUCUUGGACUCCUGGUCUAUUCUAAUUUAAUCACCUCAUUUUUCUCUAAUCAGAUGUCUGUGCUUCUACUGUAACUGAAUAUUUCAGGCCAUCUCCUGGGGACGUGUUGCUGCUGUUGUGUCUUUGUGGCAGCUGCUGCUGUCAUUCUGCUGGACAGCAUGCAGAAGGAGGAUGGUGUCUGACUUGGAGUUGGGCCUCAGUGCUCUUCAUCUUGCCUCUUUGUCCAGGAGAGGAGGAAUGACGAUUCUGUGGCUCUCACUUUGGUUUUCUUUCCUGCUGCCCUCCUCCGCCACUCCAGUCAGGAUGCCCACCACCCAGCCCCCAGAAUCCGUGUCCAGCGAAGCAGCGUUUUUGGAGGACUAUGUUCUUGGAAUGGGAGAUACUCUGGAAAUGUCCUGUGAGCUGGAGGGCCCAUCUGAGCCUAUCGUCUGGUUCAAAGAUGGUGUUGGAGUGGUGCCAAGCAACCGGACGCUCGUGGGACAGCGCAUUUUACGCAUCAUCAAUGUGUCAUACGAAGACUCUGGAAUGUACACAUGCUGGCUGGCCCACACCAAUAUGCUCCUCAGUAACUUCACCAUCAGGAUAACAGACUCGUUGUCGUCUGGCGAUGAUGAAGACUAUGGUGAUGACCCAGACGAUGGAGGUAAUGGAAAUGAAAAAAUGCAGAGACACGCAGUGCACAGGCAGACAGGACAAAAAGUCUUGGGAAGAGCAGGGAGGGAGAGGAGAAAAAAAGCAUCUGUACUCUCCAAGAGCCAGAAGAAGAAAAAAGGACCGCCAUAUUGGAUUAAGCCUGAGAAAAUGGACAAGAAGCUUCUGGCUGUUCCUGCAGCAAACACAGUCAAGUUUCGCUGUGCUGCAACCGGAAACCCAACUCCAACCAUCCACUGGCUGAAGAAUGGCAAAGAGUUCAAGGGCGAGCAGAGAAUGGGUGGCAUAAAGUUGAGAGACCAGCAGUGGAGCCUGGUGAUGGAAAGUGCCGUGCCAUCGGACCGUGGGAACUACACCUGUGUGGUGCAAAACAAGUACGGGACCAUCAGCCACACCUACCAGCUGGAUGUUCUGGAGCGGUCACCUCACAGGCCCAUCCUGCAGGCAGGCUUGCCAGCCAAUCAGACAGUGGUAGUAGGCAACGAUGUGGAGUUCCACUGUAAGGUUUACAGCGAUGCCCAGCCUCACAUUCAGUGGCUCAAACACAUUGAGGUUAAUGGCAGCCGCUAUGGUCCUGAUGGUGCCCCCUACGUCCACAUCCUGAAGAGUAAUGUCAGUAAACACACUGUGGCCCACAGUAAAUUGAAACUGUCCAGCGUGACAGAGAAAGAUGCUGGGAAGUACUGGUGCCGUGCCACAAACUUUGUAGGCAAAUCGGAAAAAGCUUUCUGGCUUAAGGUACAAAAAGCAGAGAACCCAAACAAAGACGACUACUAUGCCGACAUCCUCAUCUAUGUGACAGGCUGUGUGCUCUUCAUCCUCACGGUGGUUAUCAUCAUUCUGUGCCGUAUGAGGAUGACCACAAAGAAACCUCUACCUUCACCUCCUGUGCAAAAGCUGACAAAGUUUCCCCUGAAGAGACAGCAGGUGUCCUUGGAUUCCAACUCCUCCACAAAUUCAAACGCACCACUGGUUCGGAUCGCUCGUCUGUCCUCCAGUGAUGGUCCAAUGCUGGCCAACGUCUCAGAGCUCGAGCUGCCCUCUGACCCCAAAUGGGAAUUCCCCCGGACACGGUUAACUUUAGGAAAACCUCUCGGGGAGGGCUGCUUUGGUCAGGUGGUCAUGGCUGACGCAUCUGGAAUUGAUAUGGAAAAGCCCAACAAGCUGCUCACCGUUGCUGUGAAGAUGCUAAAAGAUGAUGCAACAGACAAAGAUUUGUCAGACCUGGUGUCAGAAAUGGAGAUGAUGAAGAUGAUAGGCAAACACAAAAACAUCAUCAACCUGCUCGGAGCUUGCACACAGGAUGGUCCACUGUACGUCUUGGUGGAGUACGCUUCUAAAGGCAACCUGAGGGAGUACUUGCGGGCACGACGUCCUCCAGGCAUGGACUAUUCUUUUGACACCUGCAAAAUCCCAGACGAACAGCUCACAUUUAAAGAUCUGGUGUCCUGCGCCUACCAGGUUGCCCGAGGCAUGGAGUAUCUUGCCUCUCAGAAGUGUAUUCACCGAGACCUUGCAGCCAGGAAUGUUCUUGUGACUGAGGACAACAUCAUGAAAAUAGCUGACUUUGGGCUUGCCAGAGACGUGCACAACAUAGACUACUACAAAAAGACCACAAAUGGUCGCCUACCUGUGAAAUGGAUGGCUCCAGAGGCUUUGUUCGACCGGGUCUACACACAUCAGAGCGAUGUGUGGUCUUAUGGGGUGUUGCUGUGGGAGAUUUUCACUCUUGGGGGUUCUCCAUACCCAGGUAUCCCAGUGGAAGAACUUUUCAAGCUGUUGAAAGAGGGACAUCGGAUGGACAAACCUGCCAACUGCACACACGAGCUGUAUAUGAUCAUGAAGGAGUGCUGGCAUGCAGUUCCAUCACAGAGGCCAACCUUCAGGCAGUUAGUAGAAGAUCUUGAUCGGAUUUUAUCAAUUACCUCCACUGAAGAGUACCUGGACCUGUCCGUGCCGUUUGAGCAGUACUCGCCCACCUGUCAGGACUCUAAUAGUACCUGCUCAUCAGGAGAUGACUCUGUGUUUGGACACGACUCCCUGCCUGAUGAACCCUGUCUUCCCAAACAGCUCACCAGCAAAGAGGUGGCUAGGACAUAAGACCUGAGCUUGUGAAAGUAAAAUGUGGACCUGUCCUCACAGUUUAUGGCUAAUGCCACCCUGAAAUCAAGCUCGUCAAGAUAUCAGCACAACUCGACCUGCAAUACUUCCACGGUACUUCAGCUUAUCUUAAACUGUAGUUUGGGAUCUUUGUCUACAAGAGACUCAAAAAUGAAGGAUUAUAUAUUGACUGUUAAACUUUGUUUUAGGAAUAAAAUUCUAUUUUUCUGGCCUGUCGUUUGUUACAGAGAAUGUGCGGGGUGAAACCAUUCCGUGCCUACUAGAUAAUACCUCCUUAACUUAGAAUAAGAGCAGCAAGAAAUAAAGGGCAUUAAGAGACUGUUUAGGAAUGGUGUUGGCAAGAACCUCCUAUUUUGUCCCAUGCGCUGCCCUUGGAGCCAAAUAAAUGUUGGGAUCUUAGAAGAAAUUAAAUAGUAAGAUGCCACAAAGGCCAGAAUGAACCUUUUUAAUGGAACUUAUUUCUGAAAGCAUGGUUACUUCUGUCUGUUUGUGUUAUUUGUUUUAUGUGAGGGAUGACUCGUUCUGUUUAUCAUCGUUAUUGCACGUUUGCAUUCAGCCAUACUUAGAAUACAACGAAUAUGGAUAGAAGUCACCACUGUCACAAACGUAUAACAAAUUUAACUUUGUAAAGAAAGGUUUUAUUUGAAUAGCUAUCAUGUAUAUUUGUAAAGGUAUUUAUAAACUGAAAUAUGGUUUCUGAGUUUGAAAGAUCUUGACUUUUUUAAGAAAAAAACUUUUUGUAAUUUAUUUUACUACAGAACUACAGUGUUUUUGUCACAUGUGUCAAACUUUUACCCACAUUUUCAUUUGUUUACAGUGGAGGGAAAAAGACGAGUUUCAGACAGAUGCUUGUCAGGGAAAAGUCUUUGAACCUACAGUUUCUGCUGGAUGUUUCCAUCAAGUUCUAGUUCUGGUUCAAAAAGUCUUAGAAUUUGCGAUGAUCAACUAAUUAACUCUUGCUGAGCAAGAAAAGGUAGCGCUUUAAGAUUUACAUCAGACAAGUACAUGAGAGUACACAGGUGAAAAUGAGGAAUUCUUUCUCAAUGAGAUUUAACCUUGAUUAAUAAAUGUCAACAAAAAUAAAAGCUGUAAAUAACAUGAAAAUUAUUUAAUUUUGGAUAUAAACAACUUGCUGUGAAUUAUACAAGAAUCUCAAUCAAUUAAAGAAAAUUGGUUUGUUGCUUAGACAGUGAUGUUUGUUAAAAUAAUUUGUCAGCAUACAUGAAACAUCUUUUCAUAAGAGCAUAUCUAGCCCAGAUGCUUUCUUCCCCUUUCUUCUGACCAGAGGUAAAUGGGCUCAGAACGUAUCUAAAAUAUUCAAAUUAUUGUUUAUUAGACUUUGUUGCUAUAUAGAAAUUUUAAUUUCCAAACUAAAAAACCCAGCAGACUUUUUCUGAAUAUGAAAUGAAUGUGCUGGAAGUUCAGAGACGUUUGUACAUGUAUACCCAUUACAGGGGUUUUUGGCCCAGAUAUUUCUCUUUUUUUGUUGCAAUGCAUGCUGGGAUUUUGAGUAUAGCCAGAUGGCCUUACAUUGUUCUCCAAGCUUCCUAAAGAAAGAAAGAAAGAAAGAAAGAAAGAAAGAAAGAUGUGCUCACGUGAGUUUUUGAGGUGUUACAAUGAAUCUGCAGAAAACAAUAGAAAAACAAAUCCUUAUUUCCCCCACAUAUCAGCUUGUCUGCUGUUAAAAAUCGAUUUAAUGUCCUCCGGAACAUGUGCCCUUGGAAGUUCUACUCACACAAAGUCAAGUGUUUACUUUUUUAUAGCAUAAACACUUAAUCACUGCUCCAUAGUAUUAUUGAGAUGAAGGCCUGCUGUGUAACUCAGCACAGACAGUAAAAUAAAUUAUUUUUAAAAGUAUCUACAUCAGAGAGUCCUUCUCCAUGUUAAGUUUAUCGGGAAUGGGGAUAAGUUAAUUGUGUCUGUUUUACCAAGUUCAACAGAUCUCUAAACCUAAUGCUGUACUGUUGAAUGUAGGUUGAAUCAUGGGAUAGCCAAAUUAAUAUUUCAAUACUUUUAUAUACAUACAUAUUUGCAGGAGUCUGUCCUGCUGGUCUUUAAAAUCCAUUAGAGUUUAAAUGUUUACAGUGCUUUAAGUUAAGGGAGAGGACCUUCAUGUGGCAUUGAAGGCUUUACAACACAUGAGCUGCUAAAUAAAAAUGGUGUGUGUGUGUGUGUAUGUGCUGGGGUGGGGCGGGGGAUGUUUAUGUAACUGUGCAAUGAAUGUAUUCCAGUGUAUGAGCUUGAUUUAUAAAGAAAUUGGUAUAUUUUUUCAAUAAUUCUGUGCUAAUGCUUUAUGAAACUUUCCCAAUAUUCAACAUACUUCAAAUUGUAAUAAUUGGUUCUUGAAUCUUUCGUGCUGCUGGGACAAAUCUAUGUUUUUUGCCAAAUGCUUAUAUUCUGGAAAUGAACGUAUGUUAUAUUGAGUUGUUCUACAAAGAUAUUAUUUGUUUACACUGUACGACUUUUUCACUAGUAGCAGAAUCUUGUAGCAUUCUGCUCCAACUCAGACUGUACAACUUCCUUGCAGAGCAAAGCUCACAAGUCAUGUUCUCAGUGGAAUGCACGGAUUGGACCUGCCUGCUGACUGUAUGUUUAGUUGCAACACGUCAGACCUAAAAAACUUGCUAAAAAUAGAAGAUCAGAGACUGUUAUUGAUGUCUCUUGUCCUUCAGGCCUGCCGUAGAAGGACAUAAGGUUUAUGGGGCAUUGAUGUUCUGGUACAUUUGGGUUGUGGCACUGCUUCAACAUUACGAUACCCUUACGACGAAUGAGCAAAAUAUCUAACAUUGAGUCAAUCACUUCUCGUCAUCUCCUUUAAACGACACAAUGCACGACUCAAAACUUACCCCAACAACAAAGAUUCUCACACGAGAGGAAAACCGGCUCAAAAUGUGCCUAAAACUCGCACAGUGUACACCUGGCUUGAUGCUCUGGCCUAAGGCGACAAACAUGCCUAAGAUUAUCAAGCAAACACAUUUUUAUUGAUUAUAAUAAACAUUUGAAUGUAUAUUUGCAGCAAAAAAAAUACUUCAUUACAGUUACCAUUUAGACGGUAAUAUAAAUCUGGUUUAUUUAAGAUUAUUUAGUGAACCAAAAGCACUUCUUUUACUGACAGAGCGAUCAAAUCAAUUGGACGAGGUUUUGUUUUAUUUAUUUUAAUUUCAUUGGUUAAAUGUUUUUCAUGGAGAAAGUAUAAUAACUGAGAGCAAUAUACUUUGCAAUGUUUUUCCUUUUAGAGCCAGAUGAUACUGAUGUACUAAAAAAUCCUUUGCUACACAUCAAUUUUACUUGAGGUUUAGUUUCUCUGUUUUUUGUUUUCUCAUGUUUGAACACCUUCAAUUUAUGUUUGAUUACUCUUGAAAUGGAUGUAUUGGUUUUGAUGUGUCUAUUUUGGCAGUAAAACAACUUUGCGACCUGUUGUGUAGUUUUUCAUCCAACUGAGUUGACUUGGGUUAACAUUAGAACGGACUCCCAGCAGGUAUUUUUAAUUAAUGCAGCAAAAGGGGAUAGAAAAACAUUGUAUUUGAAACUGAAGGUACAAGAUUUUCUUGUGACUUAUGAAAUUGUUUAUUGUAAAUUUAAAUAAAGUCUGCCUGACAAGUCUAUGA